CGAAUUGGCGUUCGCUUCGCGCUGUGUCGUAGUGGCUCGCGCCGCCUGGCCAGUGCCGCGCCGUCCGCCGCGCGAUACACACGCACGCCGUGCAGCGCGCCCACGUCCGCGACUCGACUCGUGCUACCCUGUGUACCUGUGCCCUGUGUUAUACCCCUAAAAGUACGUAAACAAAACACACUAACUAAUCUGUGAAAGUGCGGUCCGGAUUUAUAUUGGAGCGGCAUCAAACGCGGCGCUACCAGUGAUCAAGCCUCCCGUACCAGCAUGUAGUAGACAGUGAAUACUAAAAUAAUACAUUUUCACUCGCGUUCUAACUAAAUUCAUGAUGGCCGACAUUCUCGAAAUCGACCCCGUGGACGAUGACGUCGGCUACGAGUACGAUACGACAAAGAUCCCCGACAUCAUCGCUCCGGACGAAAUGAUGGAGUCUGGGUAUCAGGAGGGGUCUGAACAAAGUUAUGGGGACCGUAGGGACUCGAAGGAGGGGUUCGGGGGCGAGGGGGACUCGGACAGCGGAGUGGACGGGGUGAGCAGCGGCUGCAGCGUGGCCGACGACUGCCCCGUCGUGUCCAUCAACGACGUGGUCGCCUACUACGACGACAUCCGCCCGCGCCGGCGGCACGUGCCGCAGCUCAGCUUCUACAACGUCGACAUCGAGAGGCUGGCCAUGGACGCUCUUAUUCAGGUAAAUGUUGCGGAAAAUGUACAUCGCGGCUAUCGGUAAUGGACCGCUAUCUCUUGUAAUUUGCACGAGCCUUAUCAGUGAAGUUACAUGCAGGUAUUGUGACACUAACGAAUUGCACUGUACUAGGGAAUCCCUUGUAUGUUAAAAUAUUCUUGGUUGUUACGUUACCUAGGAAUGUUUGGUCUUUUAUGAUUAACAGUUGAUCAGGUUUUUGUGUUAUGUCAUAAAGAGACUUAUAGGCAUUUGAUUUAUUUGCCUUUCAAGUCUAUGUAACAAAACACUACAAUUAGCUUCGAUAAAGUUAUAACUUCUAACUUCAAAGGGUUCUAUUAUCAAAAUAGCUUGUAAAUAGCUAGUGCCUUUUUAUACCACAAAAUUUAAUAUCGUGUGAUCCAAAUAUAAGUUUGUAUAAAAGGACCAAAAUAGAAACGACAAUUGCCAUUUUGAUAUCGAUACCAUAGUAGGCGUUUGUCUACGUUAGGCAAGCCUAGAAACACUAGGCACGCAACAACUGGUCUGAAAUGUAACAUUUAUCAAACAAAACGUCAUAUUAAUUAAGUAAAACUAAACCUGAUAACGGUUUAAAUUGCGUUAUAAGUUUUAGAGAACGUUUAGUUUACGAUAGAGUUAUUGUUUUCGAUUUAGCACAAAGUUGAACAAAACACAAAACUGAGUUAAAUUUUAACACAGAGUGUUAAAAUUUAAUGUUUUUGGCUGGAUUUAUUUUUGGCGGUUCAGAGUAGACUUUUGUAGAAGCACAAAAAUAACACAAAAACUAGUACUUAGUAUGAAAAUGUGUUUCUAAAAUAAACCCUGCGACACAUUUAUAUCAAAACUAGUUAGGUAUGAGGUUGUGAGUAUAAUUAUUAUAAUUAAACGCAGUAUGUCUUGCGUAAGAGGCGUGGCAAGGACAACAACACACGACACACGACACGAAUGCAUUAUGCAACUGUUACAGAUUUUAAUACUUUUUCAUAUACUCACGUGGGUUGGUAGGUAUUUUAGUAAUAGUCCCCCACGCGAGCCUUUUACAGGCAGAUAUGCAUGUCGAUAAUGUCGCGAUCUUUUUUUGUUUGUUUUUUAUCUUGACACUGAUAUGGCAGCUUGGACAGCUUACGAGUGUGAAGUAAUAGUAAGCUAUGUUGUUUAUUGAUAUAUUAUUAUGCAGUUGUUGCAUCCGGCUUGCCUUUCAGUGGCACGUGUAAUAUCAAAACCGGUCAUGUGUGAGUCUGAUUGUUUAGCUAUCACGGUUCAUGAGAUACGGCCUAGUGACGGACAAACAGACAGACGGACACUUAGUAAUCGGCUCCUGCUUCUUCCUUUUGGAUACGGAACCUCUUAAAAAAAUGUUAUAUACGGUGGGAGACCUCUUGUUGGGGUAUCAUAUGACACAACCGAAGUCUACACUGUUUUAUGUAAUGUUAUUUAUUUUGUAGUUAGAUUUAAUUUCGACAAUAUUACAAUGAACAUUCGAUCAUUAUUUUGUCAUACUAAAACGACAACAUUCCUUGCUCGAAGACAUUAUAAAAAUAUUAGCAUACAUACCAAGUCUAAACAAAAACCUCAUUACAAUAUUUUCUUCCGAAACAUUUAUAAAAGGCACAUUCACAUUACCAUACACAAAACGAACGUUCUACAUAUUUUAUUCAAUUGUUACACAUUUCAACGUUUUCAUAAGUAUGUGGGCGGCUGAUUCGCUUGUAAUAGCAUUAGCGUCCCACACAGCCUUAAAGAUUGCCGUACCGAUUGCAUGUUCCUUGUAAUAUUGUUUUACCUGAUAUGUUGAAUUUUUGAACGUUUUGCAAUUGAAAUUGUGAUUGGUUCAACAUGUCAGAUUGUUCUUUUGGUAAACAUAUUGUUUGAGUUGUGAGGCUAGUUUGUAACGAUACAUGUGAAACGCAAAACUUAUGCCUGUACCAAGGCUUUUUAUCGCAAGAUUGUUUUACCUUAGGGAUUGAGACGUCCGCUCUCGGAAUUAUUUUUAUAGAAAUAUUCAUUAUAAAAAACUAAAAUUAAUUGUACUUAACGUUAUCAAACAUAUUUCUAGAAACAAUAAAGUUUUUAGUAUACGAGAUUCUUAAAACAUCAACAAACUAACUUAUUGUUUUAAACCGGUCUUAAUAUUUAAUAGGCUUAAUACAAAUAACACAUCAAAUAUUUACUUCCUCAUUAAUCGACUUUUGUCCAUUAUCAAAAUAAGUAUUGAAAUCUCAAAUUACAUUAUAAACAAUUAAUGAGUUGUAAAACAAUCGAGCGCUCCGUGAGAACUUUAUACAAACCUUUUAUAAAUAAACCGCUUAAUAGGCAAACAGUUUUUUUACGUUUAUUAACUAAACUAAUUAGUCCGCGACCCAAUUUAAAUGCGUAGAAGUUUAAAUGAUUUGUGGACGCUAAGAAAACUCGUGACUUUUUUCAAUUCAUACCUAAUUAAUUUACUUCUUUUUAUUUCCAAAGCUUAGUUACAGCAGUUUUGUUGACUGUUUUAAGAGUUCUUUACCUAAACGAAAAAAAACACAACAUAAGGCUGUGCUGUCUUUUAAUAUGCCUGUCAACAGGCUCUGAAUCGUGACAUCAAGACAGUUGAAACUUACAGAUGACGGAACACAACACGUGCGAAAUGUGCGACAAUGCCAUGUCAGAGUUGCAUUGAAAUAAAACCACCUCAGAUUUCUAUAAGACAGCGAUAUCGUUGUGUCAAAUGACGUUUGCGUAUUGAACAAAUGUUACGUUUGUCACUGUUGAGGUUAGAGUCUCACCUUUGUUGUUAUCGGAGCCACGAUUUCAGUACGGUAUAUUAUAAUGUUAAAAAUAUACUGACGCAUGGAGAACAUGCUACUACCUUUUAUAAUGUUAUAAACGCUCAAGUGUGUUGCUCAGGGUUUGCAUGGAUGUAUGAAUGAUUGCUUCUCUGAACCACAGACCGGAUUUAGACGAAAAUUGGUAGACAGAUAGUUUAUAAACAGGAUUAACUCGUAGGAUAGUUUUUUAUGUUCCCGUUUGAUCAUUAUCGAUUUAUAGUGGGCGGGUCCGCGUGCAACAGCUAGUUUCCAUAGUCGAGGGCCUUUAAUACUAAUACCGUUUACUAAAAUAUAGACCAACACAACCUAUCUUGGAAAAUAACGAGACUGCCGCAACCGGCUGCAAACAAAAUACUAAUAUUGUAAUCAGUUUAAUGCCAACACAAUUAUCAUAAAUAAAUUAUAAUGAAUAACAAAGUAAUAGUUAUAAGUAAUGUGAACGUUCGUUGCGCACCGACAGCGAAUAUUGCCGUCAAGUUGGGAAAUGCUAACUGUUAAAGUAUUAAUUGUCUAGUUUAUUGUCAAAAGCGAUAGUUGUCAGUUUGUUUAUAAAUCAUUUAGCAAAAUUUUCGCAAUGAUCAUUCAAUAAUUCUUCCUCGACAUUAUACGGAUCAAACACAUAGGAAAACAAAUAGACAGACAUCCUGCAGUUAUGACAAAACAUACAAACAACUAUGAAAGCUAUCCACCCAUUACAAAAUACAAACAAAUG